AUGGCAAAAUCUGACCGAGACCUGUCCUUUCCCUCUGCUCACCCCUCGCAGCGACUCUUUUGGCUCCUGCGGGUGGUGAUGGGCCUCUUCGUGGGAGCGGUGGUCCUCACCAUCCAGUUCACCAGGGACUGGGAGAUCGGCUGGGUGACAGCAAACACCUCCUACAAGUCCUUCAGCCGUGCCCUGGUAAAUGUGGACAUUGGGCUGCACAUUGGCCUGGCAGGGGUGAACAUCACACUGGUGGGAAACCCGGUGAAGCAGGUCAAUGAGACCAUCAACUACAACGAGAACUUUGCCUGGAGCUUCAAUGCAGACUACGACCACAGCUAUGGUGAAGGCCUGGAGAAGGGGCUGCCCAGCCCCAUCCUCUAUGUGGCCGAGAAGUUCACCGUGCAAAGCUCAUGUGGUGUGCACAGGCAGUACCGCAUCUCCGGCCACUAUGCGUCCCUCACGCUGUGGAUGGCCUUUUGCACAUGGCUCAUUUCCAUCCUAUUGUUCUCCAUGCCCAUCCUGCUCUACGGUGGCUACACGCUCCUGCUCACUGCUGCGUUGAUGCUCUUCUCACUGCUCUUUUUCUUCACUGCAAAGAACACUCCCAAGUGUCCCAUCCAGUUUGGCCCAGCUUCUCUGAAAACAGACUAUGGUGGAUCCUUUUGGCUGACGUUAGCGACAGGACUGCUGUGUCUGCUGCUGGGCUUGGGCAUCAUCAUCCUGAACUCCGUGCAGCCAGAGAAGCUGAAGCUUGUCUUUAACCUGGACAAGGGAAAGGGAGAAGAAGAGGGGCGGGACAAGUCCUGCCAACCAGCCGAGCCCGGCUCCUCUGUGCAGGACGUGCUGAUGGUCCCCUUGGGUGAGCUUUGCGAAGUGACAUCCACCCAGCUGUAA